CCCCUUCUAGCCACCCUAACCGUGCUGCUCGCUCGCUGGUUCAGGUCGUUUUGUUACCGCUGUUGGGACGGCAUUCGUGGGCCCGGUACUGUGACGUGACUACAAAUAUCUUUAUUAUGCCGCCAGGUGACCGAGAAGACUCAACUCGUAAAAGAGCACUUCAAGAAAUGUUCAGGUGCGGCAGUAAAGGCCUUGACGCAAGCGGAGUACUCAUCGGAAAACAAGGAACGUUAUGAAGACAACAGUGCUUACAAGGACUUCUGCAUAGAUUGUGUGAAUGAACAGGGACAGAAUGUCGGGCGAGUCACACGACGGUGGUUCGUGCGAGCGGCCUCCUGCCAGCCUCGAAGAAACGUACAGGCACUGCUUUGUGGGCGGCGACCUGUCGGCGCAGUACAAAUUGGCAAGGCCCGUGAUGCCGCCUGCGAUAGUCUCUGACAUCGUCGAGUACGCGAACCAAACGGUUUCAUGCAAGGAUGGUGUUUGCGUUGACGUCGGAUGCGGUCCUGGACAGAGCACGGAACUUUUUUGCCCGCACUUUAGGAAGGUCGUGGGCACCGACAUCAGCGAGACACAGAUCAGCAUAGCACGAGCAGCUUGCACCGCUAGGAACGUGAGCUUCGAGGUGGCCAACGCCGAGUCCCUUCCCUUGGAUGCCGGCUCCGUGGCACUGGUGUCGACGGUGAAUGCGCUGCACUGGUUCCACUGGGAUGCCUUCUUCGCCGAGGUUCGCCGGGUGCUGGUGGACGGCGGCGUAUUCUGCCCGUCGAUGUACCGGCUGCGCGCCGUGGCUGAGCCGGGACUUGAGGACUGCCUGGAGGAGUUUCGGUACCAGGAGUUUAAGGGCUACCUGACUGCUCAACACGACUUCUGGACGUACGGCUACGAGAAGACGGAGGUCCCCUUCAGUGACGUUCACAAGAAGGACUUUGCAGUGAAAGAGAAUACGACGUUGUCGGCUGUCAUGGCAUGUGUAAGGACGUGGAGUUUUGUGAUACGAAUGGAAGAAAAGGAACCCGAGCGUGCCAAGCAGGCUCUCGAGAGACUGGAGACGAGAAUUCGCUCGAUACUUGGCAAGCCCGAUGAAGAUGAUCCUGAGGUUCAAGUAGCGUACAGAGCAUCUUACAUCCUGUGUCGGAAGUAAAAUACGUGGGGAAUUAUAAGAAUAUGCUCGUGCGCGUGCCUCUGGUUCAGUAAAUGCCUUACUCGAAGAAUUAAAAUACAUCUGGCCGGCUCACACCAUUUUGCAGAGGGGACCAAUAAACUUGUUGUUUGCAGU